AUGCCCGUAUCAACAGGAACGCCGCAGACCCUUUACGACAAGGUGUUCUCGAGCCACAUUGUCGACGAGAAGCUCGACGGCACAAUCCUCCUCUACAUCGACAGACACUUGGUUCACGAAGUGACAUCACCACAAGCCUUUGAGGGCCUCAAAAAUGCCGGCCGCCAAGUCCGCAGACCGGACUGCACCCUGGCCACUACCGAUCACAAUGUCCCCACUACCUCCCGAAAAGGCAUCAAGGACAUCGCGUCCUUCAUCAAGGAAGACGAUUCCCGCACACAAUGCGUUACUCUCGAGGAGAACGUCAAGGACUUUGGUCUGACAUAUUUCGGCCUGGGCGACAAGCGCCAGGGAAUUGUCCAUGUCAUUGGACCCGAGCAGGGCUUCACCCUCCCCGGCACCACCGUCGUCUGCGGUGACAGCCAUACCUCCACACACGGUGCCUUUGGCUCCCUGGCCUUUGGCAUCGGUACCAGUGAGGUCGAGCAUGUUCUGGCUACCCAGUGCUUGAUCACCAAGCGCAGUAAGAACAUGCGCGUCCAGGUUGACGGAGAGCUCGCCCCUGGUGUCAGUUCCAAGGACGUCGUCCUACACGUCAUUGGCAAGAUUGGCACUGCUGGAGGUACCGGCGCUGUCAUUGAGUUCUGCGGCUCCGUUAUUCGAGGCCUCAGCAUGGAGGCCCGUAUGUCCAUCUGCAACAUGUCCAUCGAGGGUGGCGCCCGUGCCGGCAUGGUAGCCCCUGACGAGCAUACCUUUGAAUACCUCAAGGGCCGUCCCUUGGCUCCCAAGUAUGGCUCCGAUGAGUGGGACAGGGCUGUUGCCUACUGGAAGUCUCUGGCUUCCGACGAGGGCGCCAAGUACGAUGUCGACGUAUUCAUCGACGCCAAAGACAUCAUCCCGACCAUCACUUGGGGUACCAGCCCCGAGGAUGUCGUCCCAAUCACCGGCAAGGUCCCUGACCCCGAGACUUUUGCCACCGAGACCAAGAAGGCCGCUGGUCGCAGAAUGCUCGAGUACAUGGGCCUGACUGCGGGAACUCCCAUGGAGGAGAUUGCCGUGGACAAGGUCUUUAUCGGUUCCUGCACCAAUUCGAGAAUCGAAGAUAUGCGGGCUGCCGCCCACGUUGUCAAGGGCAAGAAGAUUGCCUCCAACAUCAAGCGAGCCAUGGUGGUCCCCGGCUCUGGUCUUGUCAAGACGCAGGCUGAGGCCGAGGGCAUCGAUCAGGUCUUCAUUGACGCCGGUUUCGAGUGGAGAGAGGCUGGCUGCAGUAUGUGUCUUGGCAUGAACCCUGACAUCCUGUCGCCCAAAGAACGCUGCGCCAGUACCUCCAACCGUAACUUUGAAGGUCGUCAGGGAGCCCAGGGUCGAACUCACCUCAUGUCUCCUGUCAUGGCUGCUGCGGCUGCCAUUACGGGCAGACUUACCGAUAUUCGCAGGCUGACCGAGUACACUACCAGCCCUCACGUCCAGGCUCGUGUCGCACCCAGCACCCCCGUUGAGGCCCCUCAUGUUGAUGAGCGUGUCGAGGAUUCUGAUGAGCGAGAGAUCAUUGGAGACCAGCCACAGGAUCUUCAGCCACACACCAACACCCUGGUACCCAAGACUGAUUCCGCUGGCAUGCCCAAGUUUCUCACUCUCAAGGGAAUCACAGCUCCUAUGGAUCGGGCCAACGUCGACACUGAUGCCAUCAUUCCCAAGCAAUUCCUGAAGACUAUUAAGCGCACCGGUCUGGGCUCAGCUCUCUUCCACGCCUGGCGCUACCUUCCUGACGGUUCCGAUGACCCUAGUUUCGUCCUGAACCAGGAGCCAUACAGGGGCGCCAAGAUUUUGGUCUGCACUGGUCCCAACUUUGGCUGUGGAUCAUCGCGAGAGCACGCCCCCUGGGCACUGCUUGACUUUGGCAUCAAAGCCGUCAUUGCGCCAUCAUUUGCCGACAUCUUCAACAACAACAUGUUUAAGAACGGCAUGCUGCCCAUCCAAAUCUCCAACAAGGCCGACAUUGACGCCAUCGCCGCUGAGGGACGUGCCGGCAGAGAAGUGGAAAUUGAUCUGCCCAACCAGCUCAUCAAGAACGCAGCCGGCGAAACCAUCUGCGCUUUCGACGUUGAGGAGUUCCGGAAAUACUGCCUAGUUAAUGGAUUUGACGACAUUGGCCUGACAAUGCAGCUCAAUGACAAGAUUGUCGAUUUUGAGAAGAGACGAUCAAUCCAUACUCCUUGGCUGGAUGGUACCGCUUAUCUCAAGAGAGGCAAGGAUGGCCGACUGGCUGCCAAGGCAGUGCCCGUGCCAAAGACAAAUCGUGGAGAAGAAAAGAAAGAGCCUCUGGAGUGGUAG